CGAUUCUAUCCACAAGAAAAUUGGUGGCCGGUGAACGCCGAAGUACGCCACAGAACUAUAAAGUCCACUCCUUUAAACCUCUUAAAACCCUCUGCCGGUCUGCCCUUUCUCACCGUUCCUAUAGCGGGCGGCGAGAGGAGACUAGAGCCAUCCACCUUCCAAAAAGGUUGCUACUUUGCCCACGAAGGUGUAGUACGACCAAAUUGCUCGCACCAUCCAAUAUGGCUUGCAGGGUUGCCGCUCCAGAUUCUGUCUUCCUCUUUGUGGGAGCCAAUCAGAGACCAAUCAAGACCCAAAAAUUUGCAGCUCAAUGCUCCACAGACAGGCUUCAAUGGCUGUGCAUGGGACCCUCUAAUCCGCCAGGGAGCAAAACAAAAUAGGCUUCUAGUUCACUCGAGAAGGUCUAGAACUGUACAAGCUGUGGCUUUUCCUGUUGUAUCAUCGUCAGCUGAUGGUGCGGAGUACAGGAAACAGUUGGCCGAAAGCUAUGGCUUCAGGCAAAUCGGAGAAGACCUUCCAGACGAUGUUACACUAAAGCAGAUCAUCGAUACACUACCAAAAGAGGUGUUUGAGAUUGAUGAUGCUAAAGCAUGGAAAUCAGUUUUAACAUCAGCAGCUUCAUAUGCUUUGGGGCUCUUAAUGAUUUCAAAGGCUCCUUGGUUCCUACUUCCCUUCGCUUGGGCAUGGACCGGGACUGCAGUAACUGGGUUCUUUGUCAUAGGUCAUGAUUGUGCUCACAAGUCAUUUUCAAAGAACAAAUUAGUGGAAGAUAUUGUAGGAACUCUAGCCUUUCUACCAUUGAUAUAUCCUUAUGAACCAUGGAGAUUCAAGCAUGAAAGGCAUCAUGCAAAGACAAACAUGUUAGUUGAAGAUACAGCUUGGCAGCCUGUUGACAAAAAAGAGUUCGAUUCAUCCCCUUUCCUUCGGAAGGCGAUCGUAUAUGGAUACGGUCCGUUCAGGCCUUGGCUGUCUAUAGCUCAUUGGUGGCGCUGCCAUUUCUCUCUGAAGAAAUUCAGACCGAACGAAGUGCAAAGGGUGAAGAUAAGUUUAGCAUGUGUGUUUGCAUUCAUGGGGAUUGGUUGGCCCUUGAUUAUCUACAAAGCUGGGGUUGUGGGAUGGAUUAAGUACUGGCUAAUGCCAUGGUUGGGGUAUCACUUCUGGAUGAGCACUUUCACAAUGGUGCAUCACACUGCCCCCCACAUUCCCUUCAAAACUUCAGAAGAGUGGAAUGCAGCAAAGGCUCAGCUUAAUGGAACCGUUCAUUGCGAUUACCCUCACUGGAUUGAGAUCCUCUGCCAUAACAUCAACGUCCACAUCCCUCAUCACAUUUCGUCACGAAUUCCAAGCUAUAAUCUCCCUGCAGCUCAUCGAUCCAUCCAACAAAACUGGGGCAAGUACUUGAACGAAGCUACAUGGAACUGGCGGCUGAUGAGGACCAUAAUGACGGUGUGCCAUGUCUACGACAAGGAGCAAAACUACGUCGCCUUCGACCAGCUCGCCCCUGAAGACUCUCAGCCGGUAGCAUUCCUCAAAAGAGUGAUGCCUGAUUAUGCUUGAUUUGCUUAGUUUUCUUUCCCCUCUAUUAUAAAGCCAUUCUUCUUGUCCUAGAUCUCAUGUUAAGGUAAAGGAUGCUACAUCCCAAUUCUUUGAAUGCUAGAAAAAGGCAGCUCCCACCAGGAUAUUACCUGUAAACACAUGAUUCUGAUACAUUUGGAGCAUUAUCCAGUUUGAUACAGGACUAGACAGUUGGACCGAUCAAACCAUAUAUUACUGACCAAAUCGGUAUACGAUACUAUCAGCAUACUGUCACUGCGGUUGAUAAAUGAUGACCAAAGGACAACAUAAGCAUCAUAGAUUAAUGUUUUGUUCAGCAGUAUACUGAAAAUGAUUUAUCGGUUCAAGCAUUCUACCGCGAGUCUACUACACCAACGGCGGCUCAAGCAAGUGGAUCAUCUCAUGGGUAGCAGUCGCAGGGUGGCCUAUGCUUACUUCCAGGCUUCAACCUCUUCCCUCUUGGCUUCAUCAGUCUUCUCCACAUUGUGUGGUUAAUUUAUAGUCGACAGCAAGCUGAACGCCUCCAUGAUCAACUCCAUCGUCCUGAACUCCUGAUCGCUGCAGCCAAUCCAUGGCGAGCAUUGCCUUGACUCGUACUCCGACAGGUAGUCAAUGUGUGUAUUGCAUUCCCAGGUAUCGUAGAAGGCACCAUAUGUGGGGAGUUCUACGAUACCCAGGGUGAAAUUCGGGGUACCGCAUACCAGGAGUAAAAAAACGCUAUCCAGAACUUGAAUUGAUUGAUCUUCCGGACAUGAUACUAUACUCUAACCCUUAAAGAUUAAAAUCUAGGUCUUAAUUCUCUAAAUCUUAUACCCCAAGAUCAAUUUAGUUAGAAACAAUAAUCGACGGUUAUGAUUCGUCCAAAUUAGGACCUAGGGUUCACUCGUUAAUGGUUAGGGUAUAGUAUCAUGCCCAAAAAUCUUGCUAAUUCGAGGUCUAGAUAGCGUUUUCGUACUUGAGGUGAAUACACAGGCAUGGGAGAAUGUAAGCCACAAGCAGUACAUCAUGGGGUUCAUCUUUGAGGUGAAUACA